CCCACCCGAGCCGGGCGGCUUAGCGGCGGCCGCAGCGCCGCGGCAACAUCACUCUCGCCGCCGCUGCUCCGCCCCAUCCCCUUCUGUUUUUCUCAUUCUCCGGUGGCGGCGGCGGGGAAGGAGGAGGCUGAGGCUGCUGCAGCCGCGCUGGCUGCAAUGAAUGAUCCCCCAGCCGGGGGGGCGGACUCCAGGUGAGCCUCAGCCCUCAGGAGGGCCGGGAGCCCCGGGCCCCCAGCACCGGCAGCCCCCGCCAUGGCUCCCUAGAGGACGAGGAGGAGGAGGUGAGGAGGAAGAGAAGACAGCUCUGCCGCCCACCCCCAUCCCGUUUUCCUCUUCCUUUAUCUCAUUGUUGCCGUAGCUGUUUACGGCCGCUCUCCCUGUGCCCCAGCAUGGGGCGGGCUCCGGGCGCUGCCCGUCGGCAGGCGCGGCUCCCGCGGCUGCUGCCGGGGGAUUCUGCCUGAUUCUCCCACCCAGCCGGUGCAGCGAGGACCCGAGAGCGGUGAGGCCCGGACUGCAGCAGCGCGGGGCCACCACCCAGCAUCCCCACCCUAGGAGGCUGCAUGCGGAUUGAAGAGCGGCGCCUGGGGGCUGGGCCGGCCCCGCUGAUCCGCACCUAGGUGAACCCUAGGGAGGACCGCGGGACCACCCGGGCCGCGGUCAGGGGCCAGGAAGGACAGAGCAGCAAGAUGGCCAGUAAAACCAAGGCCAGCGAGGCCUUGAAGGUGGUGGCCCGGUGCCGCCCUCUCAGUCGGAAGGAGGAGGCUGCCGGUCACGAGCAGAUACUGACCAUGGACGUGAAACUGGGCCAGGUGACCCUGCGGAACCCCCGUGCUGCCCCUGGGGAGCUACCCAAGACCUUCACUUUUGAUGCCGUGUAUGAUGCCAGCUCCAAGCAGGCAGACUUGUAUGAUGAAACCGUGAGGCCUCUGAUAGAUUCUGUGCUUCAGGGAUUCAAUGGCACCGUGUUUGCCUAUGGCCAGACGGGCACUGGCAAGACCUACACCAUGCAGGGGACCUGGGUGGAGCCCGAGCUGCGUGGGGUCAUCCCCAAUGCCUUUGAACACAUCUUCACCCACAUCUCCCGCUCCCAGAACCAGCAGUACCUGGUUCGGGCCUCCUACCUGGAGAUCUACCAGGAGGAGAUUCGAGAUCUGCUCUCCAAAGAGCCCGGCAAGAGGCUGGAGCUGAAGGAGAACCCGGAGACAGGUGUCUACAUCAAGGACCUCUCCUCUUUCGUCACCAAGAACGUCAAGGAGAUCGAGCACGUGAUGAACCUGGGGAACCAGACCCGGGCGGUGGGCAGCACACACAUGAAUGAGGUCAGCUCCCGCUCCCACGCCAUCUUUGUCAUCACCGUGGAGUGCAGUGAGCGAGGCUCAGAUGGCCAGGACCAUAUCCGUGUGGGCAAGCUCAACCUGGUGGACUUGGCUGGCAGUGAGAGGCAGAACAAGGCGGGCCCCAACACAGCUGGGGGGGCAACCAUACAGGCUGCAGGGGGAGGCGGAGGGGGAGGGGGAGGCGGCGGUGGCGGCGGAGAGAGGCCUAAAGAAGCCUCCAAAAUCAACCUCUCGCUGUCUGCCCUGGGCAAUGUGAUCGCCGCGCUGGCGGGCAACAGGAGCACCCACAUCCCCUACCGGGACUCCAAGCUGACCCGGCUGCUCCAGGACUCUCUGGGAGGGAACGCCAAGACCAUCAUGGUCGCUACCCUGGGCCCAGCUUCUCACAGCUACGACGAGAGCCUCUCCACCCUGCGCUUCGCCAACCGGGCCAAGAACAUCAAGAACAAACCCAGGGUGAAUGAAGACCCCAAGGACACCCUGCUGCGCGAAUUCCAGGAGGAAAUCGCCCGCCUGAAGGCCCAGCUGGAGAAGAAGGGGAUGCUGGGAAAGCGAAUCCGGAGGAAGAGCAGCCGCAGGAAGAAGGCCGUGUCCGCCCCGGCCGGAUACCCCGACGGGCCAGUGAUCGAGGCCUGGGUGGCCGAAGAGGAGGACGACAGCAACAACAACCACCGCCCACCCCAGCCCAUCCUGGAGACAACCCUGGAUAAGAACAUGGAGAAUUACCUGCAGGAGCAGAAGGAGCGGCUGGAGGAGGAGAAGGCAGCCAUCCAGGAUGACCGCAGCCUGGUCAGCGAGGAGAAGCAGAAGCUGCUGGAGGAGAAGGAGAAGAUGCUGGAAGACCUGCGGCGGGAGCAGCAGGCCACAGAGCUGCUUGCAGCCAAAUACAAGGCCAUGGAGAGCAAGCUGCUCAUCGGGGGCAGGAACAUCAUGGAUCACACCAACGAGCAGCAGAAGAUGUUGGAACUGAAGAGGCAGGAGAUUGCCGAGCAGAAACGCCGUGAGCGGGAAAUGCAGCAGGAGAUGAUGCUCCGGGAUGAGGAGACCAUGGAGCUACGGGGCACCUACACGUCCCUGCAGCAGGAGGUGGAAGUCAAAACCAAGAAACUCAAGAAGCUCUACGCCAAGCUGCAGGCGGUGAAGGCGGAGAUCCAGGACCAGCAUGACGAGUACAUCCGUGUGCGGCAGGACCUGGAGGAAGCGCAGAAUGAGCAGACCCGGGAGCUCAAGCUCAAGUACCUAAUCAUCGAGAACUUCAUUCCCCCUGAGGAGAAGAACAAAAUCAUGAACCGGCUUUUCCUGGACUGUGAGGAAGAGCAGUGGAAGUUCCAGCCCCUGGUGCCCGCUGGAGUCAAUAACAGCCAAAUGAAGAAACGGCCAACAUCUGCAGUGGGCUAUAAGAGGCCAAUCAGCCAGUACGCUCGGGUUGCCAUGGCAAUGGGGUCCCACCCCAGGUACAGGGCUGAAAACAUCAUGUUUUUGGAGUUGGAUGUGUCUCCUCCAGCUGUCUUUGAGAUGGAAUUCUCACAAGACCAAGAACAAGACCCUCGGGCACUACACAUGGAGCGGCUCAUGCGGCUGGACAGCUUCCUGGAAAGACCUUCCACGUCUAAAGUACGGAAGUCCAGAUCCUGGUGCCAGAGUCCUCAGCGGCCUCCGCCUGCCACCACACAUGCCUCGCUGGCCCCCACCGCGCUGCGCCCCACAGCAGUGCUAGACCAUGAGUGACGCCCUCAGGCAGACGGCCUCAGCCAGACUCGUGGGAUGGGGCCGCGGCCCUGAUCAUCUCAUCCGCCUCGCUGUGUGUGUGCGCGUGCAUGUGUGUGUGAGGGGUGGGUCCGGCAGGUGUGCCUCUGUCAGCCUCCCUUAUUUAAUUAACGUUAUUUAUUCGUGGAGCUCAGUGAGAGUGGGGGCAAUGUCCUCGCCCUCGCCUGCCGCGGUCACUGUACAGCCUCCUUUUCUCCUGACUGGCCCCUGCUCCCCAGUCACACCUCAAGCCUCUCCCUGUCAGCUGCCCCCAACAGGGAAGGCGGCCAGUGCCUGAGAAGAGAGCACUUAUUCUCUUGGUCUCACUUCAUCAUCUCCGUCUCCUCCACACGUGAGCCACUCCUAAGCACUUUCUGGGCCUAGAUGCCCCCCCCACCCCAGGCAUCCUGUGAGGACGCGAGAAGCCCUGCGGGUUUGGGCCUGUGCUCCCAGUGGCCAGAGCCCUGCUCUUCACUCUCUGGGCCUCCAGCACCUCUUUCAGCUCUUGGGCUUCUUUUCAAGGACUGUAAACGACAUCAUCAACAGCCCACGCUCUUCAGCUUUGGCAAGAACCCAUGGCUUCUCAGACUCGGCUUUCGGCCGCCUUCCCGACCCCUCGGAAGGAAGUCGUGCCCCAACCAGUCGCUGUCUCCUCAGGACCUUCAGGAAUGAAACAGUCAUGGAGACAACAUGGCGUCAUCCAGGGAAGACCCUCCUCUGGGGCCCUUGGUUUCUUUGUCCUUGGUGAAGUAACUUUGGCCAACAAGCCAUCAAGCCAAUUUCCCGUCUUUGAGAGGCUGCUCCCUCGGUCAUUGUCCCACAGCUUACAGUGGAGCCAUCAAUGUCUUUCUCCUCAGCUCAACAAAGGAGUGGGGAUCUUGCUUUUCCUGCUCGGGGAGCACAGAAGUCAGAGCCCCCGCACAAUCGGCCAGCUCUGCCUGUCACCCCGGAUUCUGGAGCACUGAUCUGUCGAGACCUAACCCUUUCUUCAGCAGGGUGCACAGUGGUGCCUGGGGAGAUGCUCUUCACCUACCUUUGCGACAUCCUAAGUGUCUCCAGGUAUCUUGAGUGAUAAGUAAAUUUCUACCGAAAACAGAGAUUAGUUUUCAUUGACGUACUCAUUGAGUGUAUAUUUUGGUGGAGGGAUGAAGUGAGCAUGAGCGAAAACAAGUGGCUUAGGAUUCCAAACCCCUGCUGGUGGGAGUCUCCAGUUCCUGGAAUAUGAGGAGCCCAGUGAUGGAGGAAAGACCUGCGCUGACACACCUGCCUGAAAUGUGGCAUGGGAGGAGGCAUGGGGGCUGGUGACCUGGUUAUUCUCUUUCCAUCAGGAAAUGAACCCUUCUUGGUCAGUCCACAUUUUGCUCAAAGGACCAAAUGAUGGUUUGGUUUAACUCAACAAUGCUGUCGUUUCUGCUGUAAUUACUGGACUAGAUGGUUGGGCAACUUGAGUACUAUUUGCUCUUGUCCUUCAAGGAAAUAACAUUUUCAUCAGAGCCCGGGAGAUCGAGACUCAGGAGUCAGAUUAGAGUUUUGGCUGUGGCUGGGACAGGAGUUAUGUGUAGACAUCCCAGGCCUGGGCACAGGGGUGCCUCUGGGCCUGCCUGGAGCAACCUCCACCACUGACCGCUUUCUUGUUUGUGGAUAAAGCAGCACGUGUCACCCCCAUUCAUCCCUUGGACACAUCAACUGCACUGUCUGAUCUCUACCCUCACUGUCUUAUAGCACAAAACAUCCAACUUCACCACCCCCAGUCUGCAGGCUGGGCCCAAGGUGUGGUAGGAGGAGAGGCUCCUGCCUGCAGUUUCGUGUCCGUGCGUCUGUGCGUGUGUGUUUCGGUGUGUGUUUACCUCCGCAGGGGUGUAAGUUAUGCUGGGAACAGGGCCACCAGGGUGGCUGGAUCUCAGUCUCUCUCUUCUCUUUUCCUUUUGAUGUAUUUGGUUGACAAAGAAAGGGCCUUGAUUAGGACCAAAUUUCCAUGUGUGUUGCGAUGGUCUUUAGGACAGUGGUUAACAACACGGUGGCCCGUUCUUGUCACUAUGACAAUACAGGACAUAUGUAAUAUAUAAAUAUAUAUAUAUAACAUUACCCUAUGUCUUCUUGGCUUAGGAUGAGGCCUCGCUGUUGAGCUGAAAUGCACCUGCAGUUCAGCGCUGCCAGCGGCUGAAGGCCCCAGUUCUGUUCGGAUGAACACAGUGGUAAUAAAGGAAUGAGUAUCGUUACAGAGUC